AUGGGUAUUGCAAGUCGCACCGCUGUCGACAGGAUGUGGAGGUCGAUGCACAAGGCUGGGGCAGCGCAGCGAAACUGCUCCGUCCGGGUGCACGUCGCUGCUCCGACUGCGAACUCCGCAUGCGAAACAGAAAAACAUUGUAUUCAUAAUCAUAAUGUCUCAGUUUUGCGCUGGCUUGAUGUGCAGGUCGUGGCGUUCAACGAAGGCCGAAGGCCGCUGUCGGGCGCACCCCGGACGCAGAUUGCGAAGACCAGCGCAGGCACAGGCGCUGGAGCUCGGCCCUCCCCCACGGUGCUGCUAAGCGCUGACCACGUGAACACGCUCUCGCCGGCAGCGCUGGCAGCUUCGCUUGUUGAAUACGCGCAGAAGGUUGCCAUCCACGGCUCCGACAACAAUGGCAGCGCGGCUGCGGUGCCUGCCGGAGACCCGCGUAUGUUUAACGCCGUCGCCCAACGUCUGGCUCAGAGCGUUGACGAUUUUGACGCAAUCUCGCUCGUAGAUGUCCUCCACGCUUACAGCCGUGCAGGUCAUGGCCGCAACAAUAGGGACGUGCUGGCGAUUUGCUGCAUCGCCCUUUCCGGCAAGGUGGACGAACUUCCGCCUGCGAGUCUGGUCCGCCUGGCCGCAGCGUGUGCGGCUCUGGAUCUGCAGGCCACUGACCUGCUCGCGGCGUUAUGCGCACGGGCGGACGUGCCGGAGGUGCUGUCGCAGCUCAGCGCGGCAGACCUUGCUGCGUUGCUGGUGGCCUUGUCGCAGCUGCAGCACCGCUCCCGCUCACUCUAUGUGGAUGCUGCCGAGGUGCUGGCGGCGGAGCUGCAGGCGGCGGUAGCGGCGCGGCGGGGGGCUGCGGGCCGGCAGGCGGCAGGAGCCGCGAGCGUGUUACUGAUGGACCGACUGGGGGAUCUGGAUGGCAAUGCGCUGGCCAAGAUCGCCUGGUCGUACGCCACCAUUCGACCCGCGGACGAGGGUCACCGAGGGCUGUACCUGGUUUCGGAGGCUCAGUCUCGACCGCAGUUCUUCGGUCAGGUGGCCCUCCUGGACAUCAUCCGCCUCAUCUCCCGGGUGCAGCACCGGGACCCCGAGUACUACGGCCCCGCUCUUCAGGUGCUGUUGGAGCACGUGCAUAAGGCCUUUCUGGACGCGCCUUUGGAGAAGUCGGGCUGCAUGAACCCCUUCCGCUUCGGCUGA